AUUAUCGAGAAAACGGAAAAAGUCCGUGAUUCAUCAUUUCCGUUGAUAAAUGCCUCGAUUAGAGCCUUGUACACUGGACUAUUGAGCUUCCAUCUUUUUUUUCAUAGCUGUGUCUAACAGUGAAAUCGCAGUCUCCGGAUGCCCCAUAGAUGUGAGGCACUGAGUUGACUCGCCGAGAAUAAAUGUGCCUUAACUGUAUACUGCUGCAAAUUUUAAAACGGUCUUCAACUCCUCAUUGGCACGUGAAUAAAUUUCAUUUAUUUAGAUGGUUUUUGAAUUUUCCUAAGCUUGAGUUCUUUUUCCAAUUCUUAGGUGGAAGCAAAAAAAGCCGUUCCUAUAGAUGAUAAUCAGAUAAUAACUAGAAACAGUCAUAGUAAUCAAGUAUCUCCAGGUCCUGGUCACACAAAAAAGAUUCCUGGUCACACAAAAAAGAUUUUUGUUGGUGGUUUAGCAUCUGCAGUUACCGAGAGUGACUUUACAUUGCAUAUACUUUGAUCAAUUUGGGAUAGUUACGGAUGUUGUUGUGAUGUAUGAUCAUAAUACACAAAGGCCAAGAGGCUUUGGAUUUAUCACAUAUGAUUCGGGGGAAGCAGUGGAUAGGGUCUUGCACAAAAGCUUCCACGAGCUUAAUGGUAAAAUGGUUGAGGUCAAGCGGGCAGUUCCAAAAGAGCUCUCUUCAGGUCCCAAUCGCAGCCCUCUGCUUGGAUACAACUAUUGUUUUGGUAGAACCAACAACUUCUUCAGUAGUCAGGGAUAUAACCUCGGCCGAAGAGAAGGCUAUGGAGUCACGAUCAAUGAAAGACCUAAUCCGGUUGUUAGUCGUCGUUCUACAUUCUCUCCAAUUGGUUCCCCUGCAUAUGGAAUAAUUAUGAGUCUAGAGCCAGGGAUGAGUCCGAGCUUUGGAGGAAGCUCCGGCAUUAGUAACAUCAUUGGAUAUGGACAGACUUUAAGUUUAGGUUCUGGGGGCAACUCAAACAGGUAUGUUACUCCUAUUGGUUUUAAUGGUAGAAAUGAAUCUUUUCUAAGCUCACCAACCAGAAAUGGAUGGCCAAACGUUGACCUUAGCAGUUCUGCAAAUGUUGCUCCUGCUGGUACAUACACGAGGUCUGGAAGUCGGAGUUCUGGAGUAUUUGGAAAUAGUAUGGCUAGUUGGGGCUUCUCUCCUUUUUCUGGACAAGGUGGAGGGAUUGCUUCUGGAUAUAGCAGCAAUAUAGGGUAUGGAAGUGGAGAAAACAAUUAUCGGUUGGGAGCUACAGGGCUUGGAAGAAAUAUUGGACCAGGUGAAGUUACAACUUCACCUUUUGCUUCAUCACCUGGUGAUUUUGAACAGUCAUAUGGAGACUUGUACGGUGCCAAUUCAAGGUUCGGAGAUGUACCAUGGCAGUCUGCAUCUUCGGAGAUUGAUGGCUCUGCUUCAUUUAAUUAUGUGCUCGGCCCUGUAGCAGAAUCCACGGUGAGAAGUUCUGAGGAAUAUGGUAUGUUGUGUUUGGUUGGGGUGAAUGAUUCCGGAAGGAAUGGAAUGAAAAAUGAACUAUAUUAUGGACAAUUGUUAACAAAUUUCAUUCCUUCCUCCAUUCCAUUCCUUACAUUAUGUACUAGAGAUCAUACUUUCAAUUUGAGAUGGAAUGCUCCAUUCUCUCCUACCCCUAAUUUCUUCUCAAAUCUCAUCAUAGCAAUUUUGCCUCACUUACAUUUAUUCCAAAAUUUCCUUCCUAUCUCUAUUAGUUUCAAAUAAUUUUACUCAUUCCAUUCCAUUCACCCCAACCAAACACAACAUUAGUUCUUAUAAUAUUGCAAGUAGACAAGCCAAUAGAGGUAAUACUCUUCUUCAGCUUAUAAAUUUUGAGAAAUUGAGCAGAUCUGUGUCCUUCUCAAGUAUAUUGUGAUACACAAUUUGUAGCCAUUUUCAUUUUGCUUAAAAGGUAACUCCUAAGCUGAUGGACAAUAACUUUUUUUUACACCAGUAUGAAUAUGAUAAACGACACCUAUCGUUUUAUGCUGGAAUAGAAAUAAACGACACCUAUCAUUUUAUGCUGGAAUAGAAUUCAUGAAACAGGGGUAGAAAUCGUAAAUGUCUGCAUAGCAGUCUAUGGGUAUCUGCUCUGCUGAAGUUUCAUGUUUCGGAAAAAACUUGUUCUCCUUAUAGAAACCAUCAUUAGUAUAUAUUUUCUCCUAUUAUGUGACAUCACUUGGUAAUAUGUUGGCAUGCUGGUCCUUAAUUCAGGAAUUGCUGCAUAGAAGACUUCAUUACUCAGAUAUAAGAAUAUAAUGACAUCUGGAGGGACGACUCUAAGUUCCAGGCAUGUCCCUGAAUAAGUACGCAUAUCAUCUUAUACAGAAGAUCACAAAGAGCUGAUGAGGGCUCUUUAGUUGAAGAAUAUGUAUAUUAAACAGCAGUGACCAGAGAUUUUGUUAAACGUGAGAAUACGAACUGAGGUUCCUUUUCUCAGUGUUAAAUCAAGAAGUGAAAUGAGAUCACUGGGUAUACUUAGAACUGAUUUAUUCGAGCUAGUGGUGUGCAUCUCCUGACAAUAUUGAAAACCAGUUCUGCUGCUUUAAGAGCAGAGUUGUUCGAGCUUUGUAAGGUCUGGCAAGGCUGCUAAUACUUAGUCCUCAUACUUCUUCCUUCACCUUUGUAACUUGAUACUUUGUAAGCGAGAUGUUUUUUACAAAUACUAGUGCGAAUUAGGAAAGGAUGAGGCCCCAUUGAUAGAUAGCUGAAUUAAUUUCUAGAUCUCCAGCAAUGAGAUGUACUUUCCACAAUGUGAUGCUACUGUAUUAUUGUGCAUUCUGAUUCAAACUAGAAGGGAGCUAUAUACCAGAAAGACUAAACAGAAGUCCCAAACUCAAAUUCAUUUACAUUCUCUUUUGUUAAGGCCUAUCUGUCUGAUAAUGUUUUGCUAAACAUAAAAUCUAACAAAUAUAGAAUUAUCAAUUGAAACUGAGAUU